AGCUCAGUUGGCUGAAUAAAUAAGCAUGGGGGACUGGAAUCUCCUUGGAGGUAUUCUGGAGGAAGUCCACAUUCACUCCACCAUGAUUGGAAAGAUCUGGCUCACCAUAUUAUUCAUAUUUCGAAUGCUUGUUCUGGGCGUAGCAGCUGAAGAUGUCUGGAAUGAUGAGCAGUCUGGCUUCAUCUGCAAUACACAACAACCGGGUUGCAGAAAUGUAUGCUAUGACCAGGCCUUUCCUAUCUCCCUCAUUAGAUACUGGGUUCUGCAGGUGAUAUUUGUGUCUUCACCAUCUCUGGUCUACAUGGGCCAUGCUUUAUAUCGACUGAGAGUUCUAGAGAAAGAGAGGGAGAGGAUGAAAGCUCAGUUAAGGAGAGAACUGGAUGGGCUAGAGUUUGAAAUACCUUCGAAUCAGAGGAAAUUGGAGCUAGAGCUCUGUCAGCUGGAACAAAGGAAACUAAACAAAGCUCCGCUCAGAGGAACCUUGCUUUGCACUUAUGUGAUACACAUUUUCACUCGCUCUGUGGUUGAAGUUGGUUUCAUGAUUGGACAGUACCUUUUAUAUGGAUUUCACUUAGAGCCUCUAUUUAAAUGCCAUGGUCAUCCAUGUCCAAAUAUAAUUGAUUGUUUUGUCUCAAGACCAACAGAAAAGACAAUAUUUCUAUUUUUUAUGCAAUCCAUAGCCACUGUUUCACUUUUCUUAAACAUUCUAGAAAUUUUCCACCUAGGUUUUAAAAAGAUUAAAAGAGGGCUCUUGGGACAAUAUAAACUGAGGAAUGAACACAAUGAAUUCUGUGCAAACAAGUCAAAACAAAGUCUAGCCAAAUAUCAGAGCACAUCAGCAAACUCACUGAAGCGACUCCCUUCUGCGCCUGAUUAUAAUCUGUUAGUGGAAAAGCAAACGCAGAGAGUAACAUACCCGAGUUUAAAUUCAUCUUCUGUAUUUCAGGCAGAUCCUGACAAUCAUGAUAUAAAUGAUGAGAAAAGCAUUUUGGAUGAACAGGAAACUAAUGGGAUGUACACACUUAGUACUACUUGUAGUCACCCUCAACACAUCAGUUCAAAUAAUAACAAAGAUGCUCAUAAAAUAUUUGGAAAAGAAGUUAAUGGUAACCACUUACAGGAAAAAAGAGAGGUUGACAGCAAAGAUAGCAAAAAGAACCAUUAUUCUAGAGAUCACUGUUCUAUUCCAGGUAUUGUUAUGGAUACAGACAACCACAUGGGACAGUCACCCCACACAACUUUCUCCUUGGCAGCAGGCUCCUGCACUUGGAAACCUCGGUGGCUUAGUGCUACCUGGGGUCACUCUGCAGAAGAUUCAAACCAAGGGUCACCUCCUAUAGGUGAUCAGGGCCAGUUCAGAGAGGGCACCAUCCGAAACCUUCCUCUUCCACAGGUAGACUUCCAACCAGCUGACAUUCCAAACACUUCUGAUUCUUCGAGAGAGUGGUCCUUUGAGUCAAAGUUUAUUAGAACAUGCAACAAUUCCACAGAUUGUCCUCCACAUCAUUUAUUGUCCUUGACAAACAACUUCAUUGGUAGGCGGAUUCCAACAGACCUUCAGAUAUGAACUGUUGUUGCUUUUAGGUAUUCUGCAUAUUUUACCAUUAAAGUAGUAACCCAGUGGUGAUGGAACAUGGAGAAAGUAGA